UUUCCUUGACGACCUGGAACGGUUGGGGAAAAAAGACUACAUGCCCACCGAACAAGAUAUUUUGAGAACGAGAGUGAAAACUACAGGAAUCGUGGAGGUUCAUUUUUCGUUUAAAAACCUAAACUUUAAACUCUUUGAUGUAGGAGGACAAAGAUCAGAGCGGAAGAAGUGGAUCCACUGCUUUGAAGAUGUGACUGCUAUUAUAUUCUGUGUGGGCAUGAGUGAAUAUGACCAAGUGUUACACGAAGACGAAACAACCUUCACAGGAGCCCAAGAGUAUGGUGAAGCUGCAGCCUACAUCCAAGCUCAGUUUGAGGCCAAAAACAAGUCAACUAACAAGGAAAUCUACUGUCACAUGACCUGUGCUACAGACACAACCAACAUCCAAUUCGUGUUUGACGCAGUCACUGACGUCAUUAUCGCCAACAACCUGCGAGGUUGUGGGUUAUACUGAAACCACAAGUGUCUGUCUGUCUGCUGCUGACACUACACUGUUGGUCGAAAAUUUCAGUUUCUGGUUGAGCACGUGAUGUAUUUUAUUGGGUUUUUUUUUUCGCUACAAUCGCCAAUCGUCUCUGGUUUCCUGUCGUGUUGCUACGCAAUACAAAGGAUGUAACUUUUGUGUGAUGUUAGGUGUGUAUCAUCACAUAAUUUAUGGGUUAUUUGCUGUAACAUCAUCUAUUUUGGUGUCACUUGGUUACUUUUAUCUACCAAAUUUAAAACUAGAGAAGACAGUUGUCAGAGCGUAGGGUCAGCCCUUAAAGAAACGAUAAGGGGAAACAAAAAAGUUCCAUUUUAGACUUAAAGCCCCAAGUCUAAAAUGUGCGUUUUUGUUAGUCAGAGUUUUUAUUUGGUUGAUGAAUAUAAUUAUAGCAAAAUAUUAAACGUUUCUCUGAAAUACGUCGCAGGAAAGCACCAGAAUGUUUCGCAAAAGCUUGUGAAAAAGUUGUCUUGGAACUCUUCUUGUAACCUGUUUUAACAUAUAUAAAUAAGGACUCUGUCAGCACUAAAUAUUCCCAAUCAAAUAUAAACAUGUGGUCGUCGCUUGGAACAGAAUACAACACUUGAAGAGAUUAUAUUAACUUAUUAUUAGCUGAAUCAUUAAGUUAGACUCAAUAAUUUACACAAAGUAAAUGUAAUGGAGAAACAGUAACUAAUGAAUGGGGAGUUUAUAUUUCUUCAUUAGUAUUUAUUUUUAAUAUCACUAAGUUAUAUAUGAGAACCUUCUCACUCGUAGUCAGUUCGUUCAAAUUUAAAGAUCGUAUGUGGACAAACGCGUGUUAGCUAGGAUUUUCUCCCCGUUUAAAAAUGAAGGGAAAAUGUCCAGUUAAUAAGCAUGAGAUCUGUGCCAUCAACACCUAGAAUAUCUUGUGUGUCAAGAUGCUUUGAUUUAGAAGAUUAUUACGUGCUAUUACAGAAUUGAGGAAAAACAAGACAAUUGUACGUUUCACAAGUACAUCAUUUCUUCACGACCAUAGUUUCGCCAGUAAAGGCAUCAAUCCCAAAAAAUCAGAUUUCUUUAGGUACGUUUUGGGAAAUAAAUAUCACCAGAGAUAAACUUCUAUCGUUCUUGUUGUUGUUAGCUCCAACUUUAAAUUACUGGCUGCUCUUCGCUACGCCCAUUUUCUGAGUAAGAAUCUCAGGAUUCAACAGAAACUAAAAAAAAAAGAUCGGUGUGAUUGCUAAAGUGAAUGACAUAUACAGCUGGCAUCCAAUGAAGUUGAACAAUUUAUUCUGUAAUCGUUAAGAGAACGUGUUGUGUCAAGGUGAUGAAGGUUAAACACUCCUUGGUAUGUAAAACUUUUAUGAGGUCGUGUUACACUAAGAAAAUUAAGGAUGGAAUUGCAUAAAGAUAAUUCAAUCAACUGAACCUAAGUCUGCAACCAGUAUCAUCGUUCUACAUAAAUAGGAUAGAAAGUGCUGGACAUCUUUCCCUUUAAUAAUUCACCAUUUGUUUAGUGAUAAACUUUGAAAAAGUAUCUAAUAGUACACUUUAUCAUAUCUACUGUAAUAGUGAAACAAUUUUCGUUGGGUUUCUUUAAUCUAUAACCUACUUUUCCUGGUUAGGAAAUUAAUAGCUACGUAAAAUAGAAAAAAAAAAACUUUUGAUGUUCAAACGUUCUCCUUUUGUAUAUGUAUAGUGCAGAGGUCAUAGGUCACGACCUACUUUGUUAGACUACUGGCUUUAUCUGUAUUGUUGAAUAAAAGCUUCUAAAAGUU